AUGGCUGAACACCAGGUGAUUCUCUCCAUUUUUCGCAUUGACAUUGACAUUAAUUCUUACAACCUCAAACAAGAAGAUCUUGGACAUGAGCAGCAGGAGCUAGAAUCCCCCCAAACUAAAGAAGAGGAGACGCGAGAGUGCCCUCACGUUAAAAAAGAAGAGCAGGAAGAUGAAAUCAGCAAGUUUCCAUUGACUGGAGUCAGUGUGAAGGGUGAACAAGCUGAUGGAGACCAGGAUGGACGAUCCCACUCGGACGGCCUCUUGGCUCCACUUUCUGACGGAGACGGCGUCACGUCACAGUCUUCUGACACAGAGGAUGACGACGAUGACGAACAGUCCAAAGGUGAUCUGACAUGUCAUGCGCCCAACAGACGACUGAAAUGUUCCCAGUGUGGCAAAACCUUUGUCAGUAAGUCAACAUUGAAAACACACACCAGGACACACACGUGGGAGAAACGCUUUGUCUGCUCAGUUUGUGGUAAAACGUUUUCUCGAAAUACAAGUUUAACGAGCCACACCAGAACACACACGGGGGAAAAACCUUUUGCCUGCUCCGUUUGUGGUCAAAGAUUCUCUGAAAGAGGAAAUUUAGCCAAACACGUCAUCACUCACACUGGUGAGAAACCUUUUAUCUGCUCAGCGUGUGGUAAAAAGUUUACGUGUAAAAGGAAUUUAACCAUGCAUUCAAGAAGACACACUGGGGAGAAACGCUUUGCCUGCUCAGCUUGUGGGAAGGCAUUUUAUACAAAGACAUAUUUAACAAGGCACACGCGAACACACACUGGGGAAAAAUCCCUUCCCUGCUCAGCUUGUGGGAAAAGAUUCUUUCAGAAAACAGAUUUAGCAAGGCACACAAUGACACAUACUGGGGAAAAACCCUUUGCCUGUUCAAUUUGUGGAACAAGUUUCAGACAUAAGGGGCAUUUGAAUGCGCACAGAAGAACACACACUGGAGAAAAACCUUUUGCCUGCUCCGUUUGCGGAACAAGAUUCAAUCGAAAGAGACUUUUAACAGUAGCUAGCUAA